AUGGUGAGAAACUUUGAGGUACCUUUCUACACACCUAUCUCCUGCUCUGAUCGCAGUACCAAAAUUUGCCAGCUGGAAAAUGGAGUUCUGGCGUUAUUGGUGUCUGAUCCUACUGAUACCUUGGCUUCCUGCAGUCUAACCGUUGCUACAGGGUCGCACAAUGACCCAUCAGAAAUACCAGGUCUGGCGCAUCUGUGCGAACACGUUUUGGUCGCCUCAGGCUCCAAGAAGUAUCCCAGUGGUAACCACUACCAUGAGUUAAUUGCACACAACGGGGGCUCCCACAACGCCUUCACCACUGGCGAAAAUACGACUUUCUAUUUCGAGUUGCCAGCAAUCAAUGAUCGCGAUGAAUUGGUUUUCGAAAAAACUCUUGACGCCUUUGCCUCAUCCUUCAACUGCCCGAUUUUCACCGACACAGUCAUCAAUCGUGAAAUCUAUGCCAUUGAAAGCGAGCAUAAUGUGAAUAAGGCCUCCGUCAACAAACAAAUGUAUCACGCAAUUCGUCUUUUAGCCAAUACCAGGCAUCCAUUCAGCAGAUUUUGUACCGGGAACUUUGAAACACUCACAAGUUUGCCGCUUUUGCACAAAAAGUCGGUGAAAAACUCGCUGGCCGCGUAUUUCAAAGCGUUUUAUCGACCCUCGAAUAUGACCAUCUGCAUCAGAAGCUCUCAUUCUCUAAAUGCCCUAACCAAGCUGUUAGUAACACAUUUCGGCAGUGAUGUGGUGGGAGAAGGUCCUGGGUCCGCACUAUCGCGACCUUCAUUACGACCUUCUACCUCUUCUAGAUCCAAAAUCUCCGAGAACAAGUGUCCAGUGUCCAACUUCAAGCUUGCCAAAAAGGAGUGGGGCCCGAAAUACGCAGACUUGAACGCCUUUACCUCGCACACAAAUGUUAUUGUUAUAAACUCGACAAGGUCAUCAAUCAUGAGGCUUGUUUUUCCCCUCUGUCACAAGUCCACCAGGCUUUCUGCAGCAGCAAUGAUGAACUUAAGCCGUGCCUGGUGCAAUAUAUUUGGCGAGGAAAGUGUGGGAUCUUUGGCAGAUCGUCUCAGGACUCAGAAUUUCAUAACAUCAAUGACCUCAUCUGUGUCCGAGUUCGCAACUGGCGAGGAUGGUCUAAUUCUUGAACUUGGGCUCACACAGUUGGGCUGGAGAAACGUGGCAGCGGUACUGAAGAUUUUAUUCGAUGAAUACAUUCCUCUAUUUAUCCACGAUCGAACAGAAAGUCUAGCCAAGUAUCUUAGCGACAUUAAUGCCAUUGACCUUUUGAAGUUCUUAUAUCAAGACACAGAAAUAUCUCCCAUGGAGCUGUGUGCUGAAUACAGUACUCGCAUGCUCUUGAAUAUGGAGGCCCUCAAGCCAGAAUGCCUUCUCAUGGGUUCGCCCAUUCUUGAUUGCAACCGGCCAGAAUCACCAAUAGAGGAGUUUGCAGGAUCUGCAGAAAGUAAAACGUGGUGGAUCGGCCAAGCAAUCAUGUUCCAAAACUUUAUCAGUGAAUUUGUUAAUCGCCAAAAUUUGAGACUUGCACUGCUGGGGGAUUAUUCAACCUCAAGUUUUGUGAAUUUGAUGUCAUCAUUUGGCCAAACCGACCCCUACUUUGAGUUUGAGUAUUACAAAGCUUCAAUUGACAUGUUUGAUGUCCCCAAUUUUGACGCGCCUCUGAGGACGUAUGAUUAUGACAUGCCUCGAUAUGGCAAAUUCUUGCCGUCCGCAGGAAGGAGUUUGAAUUUGAUAAAAACCGCGCUAGAAGCGUCAUCCACUCGCGCCCAAGAUGCCUCUUUGUCACUUGUGGCUCAACGGGGGCUAAUCCAGACCGCUCCACGGCUAGUAAGAAAGAGUUCAACUUGUGAAAUGUGGGUGAAAGAGGAGGAUCUUGACUUAUCAUUCAGGUCCAAGACUAUGACAAGUUUCGAAAUUAUCAGCAAAGCAAUUCCGGGCUCCCCUUCUAACACAAUGCAUCUUGAGAUUCUGGGCCAACUAAUGGCAGCUUCUCUCUCCGCCGAGCUUUAUCCAGCCGAGAAGAUAGGCUACACUUACGAAGUUUUUUCUUCGACCAAAGGCGAUGUGAGACUGGGUUUUACUGUCACAGGGUUUCCCGAAGGUGUUUUGACGCUGAUAAUAAUGAUUAUUGGCCGACUUACAACUAUGACAAAGUUAGAAGCUGUAUCACGAACAAUGUUUCGUCAGGCAAGGGUUGCGGUCCGGACGCGAUACGAAGAUGCUAGUUCUGAAAACUGUGCAGCCUUAGCCACGCUUGGGCUGCUAAUAAUGUUAGAAGAAUGCAUGUGGUCGGUUGAAGACCGUGUUGAAGCGCUUGAGGAAAUUGACAUCGAUUCCUUUCGUGCAUUUUGCAACAGGUUUCUAUCUCAACCAAUUUACUUGAAUUUAUUCAUCCAAGGCGAUCUCGUCUCGGCUGACUCAAUAUACGAUUUUUUGGCAUCUGAACUAACAACUCAAUCUCAAAAUGGGUCUGAAUGUUUUGUUAAGGAGCCUGUGGCACGGCCGCUCGUCCCGGGAACAAACUAUUUCAUUCGACAUGAGGGAUCGUCACAAGACCCAAACAAUAGCAUCGUUUAUUUUAUCCAGACAGGAGAUCGUGAGGACACACGCAUCUUCACUCUCACAAGUCUCACCGAGUAUAUUUUCUCGGUCACCCUGGUUCCAGACUUGCGGAUUAAGAAACAAAUCGGGUAUGCAAUUUUUGGAGGGCUCAGACUUCUUUCCACGACCGUUGGCAUCCAUAUUACAUGUAUGUCCGUUUCUCCGUCAAAAUACCUGGAGGUCCAGAUUAACGAGUAUCUUUCCUAUAUGGAGCUUCAGUUGCUGGGGACGAUGACAGAAGACGAUUUUCGUAAGUUGUAUGUGAACAAAUUUGAGAUGAUGUGCAAACGGAACACGGGCAAUGAAUUGCAAACCACGGCAGGACCAGCCGACGUGAUGGGCCAAAUCGAGGCCAAUGUUCGGAGCGGAAAUGUUUCGGAGCAAGGUUAUUGCAUGCGAAUGCACAAACGCAUCAGACAGCAAAUCUCAGCUCGCCGAUACAAUUUCGACGUGGAUUCAGAGCCCAUAGAUGCGAACAUGCUGAAAACUCUCACUUUGAAGCAGUAUAUGAGCUUUUUUCGCGAAAAGAUAUCCAUUUAUUCACAUAGAAGGAGCAAACUCUCGAUCAUGGUUGAGAGUCCAAUGAGCGUCGAAAAAAUCUCGCAAAAACGCUUGUUUCUGCAAAUCGAGACAUACCUGAAGGUCAAAGGACUACGAAUUUCAAAACCGGAGCUCGAAAAGAUCGUUCAAGCAUCGCAUGGAAAUCAGCAACGCUUACUCAAGGAUCUUCUAAAACACUUUAUAUCCAACGGUGAGACAUUGAAAGUUUGCAGUCUUGCUCUCAAAGAAGUGUUCAAGACCUUGCUGUCCUCCGUGAAACCCAACACUGGCGCAAGUGAGUCAAGUUCCCUGCAUGAAAUGAAUAGAAAAGUCUCAACUGCUAUCCCGCCAGUUCAAAUCACCGAUUUGAAUACAUUUCGCAGAUCAACUGUGACGCAUACCAGAUAG